AUGGAACGCUCUGAAGAAUCCCCCAAAAAGCAAUUCACCGUCGCCAUCGUAGGCGGUGGCAUCGGCGGCCUGACGCUCGCUAUCGGUCUUCUUCGGCGCAAUGUCUCAGUACGCAUCUACGAAGCAGCCGCUGCCUUUGGCGAGGUCGGGCUGGGCCUCUCCAUCGGCCCAGCAGCACAUCGCGCCAUGCCGCUUAUCGAUCCCCAGAUUCGGGAAAUAUACGAUUCACUCAUCACUACGCAUGCUGAUAGUCCUGGCUUUGAGAAAUUUAGGCAAACCUGGUUUGAGGUUAUAUGGGCUACAGGCGGGCAGGCUGGGGAGAAGUUGAUGACGCUUAAUGCGUUGCCGUCUGGCCAAACGACGGUGCGACGAAGUGAUUUUUUGAAUGCGCUUGUCGGUCUUGUGCCAGAUGGAGUGGCGCAGUUUGGGAAGAGGCUGGKUAAGCUGCAAGAGAACACCGAAGGKGUGACGCUGAGUUUUGAAGAUGGUACUUCCGUUGUUGCUGAUGUGGUGGUCGGCUGUGAUGGUAUACGCUCCAAAGUCAAAGAGGCGUUAUUCCCGGAUGAGGGUGAUCUCGAGCGCUUUAAACCAAAGUAUAGUGGCAUGUAUGGCUACCGCGCUGUGCUCGAUAUGGAGACCAUGGUAGAAGCAGUGGGUGAUCAGCGCGCGAAGGUCUCGACUUGGUAUGUUGGUAAGGGUGCGUAUGCAAUCACAUACCCCAUCAUGCGCGCCAAGAAGGUCAAUGUCGGCCUUUAUACGUUGAAUGAUACCUGGGACAGCGACAGCUGGGUUCGCGAGGCUAGUAGGGAUGAUAUGGAAAAAGAUUUUGGGUAUAUGGGGGACUAUGUCAAUAGGAUUAUUAAGUAUAUGACCGACGCUUCUCAAUGGGCCAUUUUCGAGCAUCCUCACAUCCCAACCUUCGCGAAAUCCAAAGUCGCUAUCCUUGGCGAUGCAGCGCACGCUUCUACGCCGCAUCAGGGCGCUGGUGCCGGACAAGCCAUCGAAGACGCACACGUGCUUGCAGAAUUACUAGCAGACACACACAUUACUUCCCCAGAGCACGUCGCGCUCGCUUUUCAGGCAUACGAUGCCGUGCGGCGGGAACGUAGCCAAAGGGUUGUGACGAGUAGUAAGGAGAACAUGGAUCUGUUGUGCCUAUGCUAUGAAGGCAUUGGCGACGACGGAGAUAAAUUGAAGGAAACAUGGCAGGAGAGGUUUCGGUGGCUGUGGGAUAUUGAUAUUCAGGAGCAGGCGGAGAAGGCUAGGACUAUUAUGCUUGAUUUGAUACGCCAGCAAGAGUUGAGAUCAUAG